AUGAUGACUUCGUAUCCAUAUCGAUAUUUUUACUUAACUGCUGUAACUUUCUGUUCAUUACAGUGGAGCACUGUAAAAGCCCAGACUUUCGAUGUUCCAUAUGCUGAAGAACACAACAGGCUGCAAAUAGCUUUACUGCGAAAUUAUUCAAAACUCAAACGGCCCACAAAAAGUCUAUCACAUCCAACGUUUGUCAACAUUGGGACCUAUAUUAGCCAUCUUUCUGUAGACCAAGUAGAGCAGACAAUAUCGCUUUGUGGAACAAUGUUUGCAAUGUGGCAAGAUGAUUUUCUCGUAUGGAAUCCAGAUAAAUAUGGUAAUAUAAAGCAGACAAAAUUUUAUCAGUGGGAAAUUUGGACACCAGACAUUCAAUUCGUUAACAGUAAAGAUUUUUCUGCUGUUACUUCGUUUAAAACUAUAAUAUUUUUAUUUGGUAGUGUUCUUGGUGCAGCUCAAACCGAAGAAAUUAGGAAAAAUUCGGCAGUGGUUGUUACAAUGGAUGACAGUGAAUCAACGUCAUCCACAGUUUACUUGGAAUAUUAUUUUACGACAACAAUUGGUUGCACUUUUGAUUUUUCAAAUUUUCCUUACGACAAACAAGAGUGUCCGUUGGUGAUCGUUCCAACACUGCGAAUGAAUGGUAUUGUGUUAAGAAGUGUAGCUGAAAACAUGGCUUUUAGUUUAUUUGGUGCAAAUAAUUUACAAGAAAAAUCAAUUGUUAGCAGUUGGCAAGUAAAUAGGAUUUGGUCUGAUCUACAACUCUAUGAUGGUUCUAGUAACCAAGAAUCAAGCACCAUUUCAAAUUUCGAGUUUCAAGCAGAUUUAACCCAUGUUUAUGAGUUAGAAAAUGAGAAGUUGAGGGUAUUUUUACAACAACUGAAUGAUCUGCAUAUUGUUUUUUGUAAUCGCUCUAAUUAUGAUUGGACCGCAGAGUUAAAAUGGCUAAUGCUGCAACGAUUUCAGCCAUACUUCGGUGUUACACUGAUACUACCAGCUGUAGUGGCAUUUUUGAUUUGUAUAUUUUCAACACUACUUUCAUCUCCAUCGGUUGCUAUAUCAGUAUUGCUUACCAAUUUCCUCCUGAUCUCAUUGUUUUUUGAAGAUCUUCAUAGUGUCCUUCCACCAGCCAUCGGCGGUGUACCAAAAAUAGGUUCAAACUCUAUAUACGAUUCGUACAAACCAAAUUUUUUGAAUUAA